AUGGCCGGCGUCGACUUACGAUUGUGGUGUUGGUGCCUUGAGUACCUAAUAAUAAUUUACAACAUGAUCCCCAGGGACAUGAAGCGAAUUCCACUGAAAAUUUUCAGUGAUGGAAGAAAGAAACGCUUGGCGCUUACUGGGGGCAACUCGAAGUCCAACGAGCAAAGCAACUCA